UUGCACUUUUCUUGGGUGUAUUUGUAUUGUAAUUUUAUGGAAAUUAUUUAGACCAAAAACUGCAAAUGCUGUUCGCACGCUGCAAUCAUAAUCACUCGAAAUAAUACACAAAAAUAAAAUAUUUUUAAGUGGAAAUGUCAAGCUGGAAUAGUAUUUGUCGUGUAUGUACCAGUCCUGCGGAAUAUGAAAUUUUUGAGAAGAUACCAGCGUAUCUGCAUGCCAGUUCCAAUGAGUUUCUGAAUUGCCAGAAAAACGUAAAUGUAUUUCUGGAAGAGACAACAGGGCUGAAGUGCUCCGAAAAUGAUGGUUUGCCAAAUAAGAUCUGUGCACUUUGCAUUUCCUACCUGAAAUAUGCAGUAUUUUUUCGUGAACAAUGCAUUAACAACGCUUUGACUUUAAAAGCCAUAGCCCAGAUGCGACAACAAAGCCAAAAGAACAAUUCCAACAAAAGAAAUUUAGAUAAAGAAAACGUUUUAGUAACUGAGCAAGACUUGAAUUUUACAUAUGAACGACACGUAGACACUAAUCUGCUUAGCAGUAAUAUAUCCCAAGAUCAAGAUAAAGUUUGUAAACAAUUGCUAAAUAACAACUUUCAAGCCAAUGCAUCGGCGCAACAAAAUAUCGAACAGCAGUUACGAUAUCUAAAUUUACUUUUCAAUAAAGACUCGAAUUCCGGUUUACAAGCUCGUAAUCGCAGAAAUGACGGCGCCGGUUUAGAAUUUGACAUAGCCAGUGGUGGUCCUUAUGCUGAAGAAGAGUUUCCAUCAGCAACAUCGAGUGAUGAAAAUGAGGCAAGUGAAAUCACACCGAAGCACAACAUUUUUUCAUGCAAAGAAAAGAAUUUCGAAGAAGAUGAUAUUAUGGACAUUGACGAGUUGCGGGAUGCUAUUACAAUAAAUAUACCUGAAAAUUGUAAAGAACGUAAAUGUCGAGCAUGUUCCAGGGGCUUUAUGUUUGAGGAUUCAUUUAAUGAACACAUGAGCCCAUGCAUAGAAUACAAAUUUCUCACUUCCCACCAUAAAGUUUCGCUAUGCCGCUUAGCUUUCCAAACGCUUUUGACUCAAAGGCACAGCGUAAAUUCAACGCAAACACGCAAGCAACCAAAGUUCGCUGCACAGUUGCUGGCUGUUGCGAUAUUUCAGCAAAUCGUUAAUCAAUGA